CACUCCGCCAGGAUGGGAGCUGCCAGCGGGCAGGACUUCUCCUUCAAGGCGAUGCUGACACUCAGCUGCCUCAGCCUGGCCUGCUUCCCUGGGGCCGCGUCCACAGCGGCAGCCCAGUGCCCUGACCGGAGCCCCGAGCUGCAGCCCUGGAACCCUGGCCACGACCCGGACCACUAUGUGUACAUCGGCCGGGGCAGGACCCUGCUGCUCACCUCGUCUGCCACGGUGAACUCCAUCCACGUCUCAGAGGGAGGAAAGCUAGUCAUUAAAGACCACGAGGAGACCAUUGUUCUGCGUGCCCGGCACAUCCUGAUUGACGAUGGUGGAGAGCUGCAUGCCGGGAGUGCCCUCUGCCCGUACCAGGGCAAUUUCAGCAUCGUUCUGUACGGAAGGGCUGAUGAAGGUGUUCAGCCAGACCCUUACUUUGGCCUGAAGUACAUCGGGGUUGGCCCAGGAGGCACGCUUGAGUUACACGGACAGAAAAAGCUCUCUUGGACAUUUCUGAACAAGACCCUUCACCCAGGCGGCAUGGAGGAGGGAGGCUAUUUUUUUGAAAGGAGCUGGGGUCACCGUGGAGUCAUUGUUCACGUCAUUGACCCCAAAUCAGCGACAGUCAUCCAUUCGGAUCGGUUUGACACCUAUAGAUCCAAGAAAGAGAGCGAACGUCUGGUCCAGUACUUGAAUGCGGUGCCCGUGGGUAGGAUCCUUUCUGUGGCAGUGAACGAUGAGGGGUCUCGGAACCUGGACGACGCGGCCAGAAAGGCCAUGACCAAACUGGGCAGCAAGCACUUCCUACACCUUGGAUUCAGACACCCUUGGAGCUUCCUAACUGUGAAAGGAAAUCCCUCUUCUUCAGUGGAAGACCAUAUUGAAUAUCACGGACACCGUGGCUCCGCGGCUGCCCGGGUGUCCAAAGUGUUCCAGACGGAGCACGGCGAGCAUUUCAACGUCUCUUCCUCCAGCGAGUGGGUUCAAGAUGUGGAGUGGACAGAGUGGUUCAACCAUGACAAAGUGUCACACACUCAAGGUGGGGAGAAAAUUUCAGACCUCCGGGUAGCUCACCCAGGAAAAAUCUGCAACCGCCCCGUUGAUAUACAGGCCACGACAGUGGAUGGAGUUAACCUCACCACCGAGGUUGUCUACAAAAAAGGCCAGGAUUAUAGGUUUGUGUGCUACGAGCGGGGCCGAGCCUGCCAGACCUACCGUGUGCGGUUCCUUUGUGGGAAGCCUGUGAGGCCCAAACUCACCGUCACCAUCAACACCAACGUGAACAGCACCAUCCUGACCCUGGAGGACGAUGUUCGGUCAUGGAAGCCCGGAGACACGCUGGUUGUUGCCAGUACUGAUUACUCCAUGUACCAGGCAGAAGAAUUCCAGGUGCUUCCCUGCAAAGCCUGUGCCGCCAACCAGGUCAGAGUGGCAGGGAAGCCGCUGUACCUGCACAUCGGGGAGGAGAUAGAUGGUGUGGACAUGAGGGCUGAGGUCGGGCUCCUGAGCCGGAACAUCGUGGUGAUGGGGGAGAUGGAGGACAGAUGUUAUCCUUACAACAACCAUGUCUGCAACUUCUUCAACUUCGACACCUUCGGGGGCCACAUCAAGUUCGCACUGGGCUUUAAGGCUGUGCACCUGGAGGGCGUGGAGCUGAAGCACAUGGGACAGCAGCUGGUGGGGCAGUACCCCAUUCACUUCCACCUGGUGGGCGACGUGGACGAGAAGGGAGGCUACGACCCGCCCACGUACGUCCGCGAGCUCUCCAUCCACCACACAUUUUCUCGCUGUGUCACCGUGCAUGGCUCCAAUGGCUUGUUGGUGAAGGACGUGGUGGGCUAUAACUCCCUGGGCCACUGCUUCUUCACGGAAGACGGGCCAGAGGAACGGAACACCUUCGACCACUGUCUCGGCCUCCUCGUCAAGUCUGGAACCCUCCUCCCCUCCGACCGUGAUAGCAAGAUGUGCAAGACCAUCACGGAAGACUCCUACCCGGGGUACAUCCCCAAGCCCAGGCAGGACUGCAAUGCAGUGUCCACCUUCUGGAUGGCCAACCCCAACAACAACCUCAUUAACUGUGCAGCUGCGGGGUCUGAGGAGACCGGGUUCUGGUUCAUCUUCCACCACGUGCCGACAGGCCCCUCGGUGGGAAUGUACUCCCCAGGUUAUUCAGAGCACAUUCCACUGGGAAAAUUCCACCAUAACCGAGCACAUUCCAACUACCGGGCUGGCAUGAUCAUAGACAACGGGGUCAAGACUACUGAGGCCUCCGCCAAGGACAAGCGGCCCUUCCUCUCCAUCAUCUCUGCCAGGUACAGCCCACACCAGGAUGCCGACCCGCUGAAACCCCGGGAGCCCGCCAUCAUUAGACAUUUCACCGCCUAUAAGAACCAGGACCAUGGGGCCUGGCUGCGCGGCGGGGACGUGUGGCUGGACAGCUGUCGGUUUGCUGACAAUGGCAUCGGCCUGACCCUGGCCAGUGGUGGGACCUUCCCCUAUGAUGAUGGCUCCAAGCAGGAGAUAAAGAACAGCCUGUUUGUUGGCGAGAGUGGCAACGUGGGGACAGAGAUGAUGGACAACAGGAUCUGGGGCCCCGGCGGCCUGGACCACAGCGGGAGGACCCUCCCCAUAGGCCAGAAUUUUCCGAUCCGAGGAAUUCAGUUCUAUGACGGCCCCGUCAACAUCCAGAACUGCACUUUCCGCAAGUUUGCGGCCUUGGAGGGUCGGCACACCAGUGCCCUGGCCUUCCGGCUGAACAACGCUUGGCAGAGCUGCCCUCAUAACAACGUGACCAACAUUGCCUUUGAGGACGUCCCGAUUACUUCCAGAGUGUUCUUCGGAGAGCCCGGGCCCUGGUUCAACCAGCUGGACAUGGACGGGGAUAAGACGUCACUGUUCCAUGAUGUCGAUGGCUCUGUGUCCGAGUACCCGGGGUCCUACCUCACCAAGGACGACAACUGGCUGGUCCGGCACCCAGACUGCAUCAACGUCCCCGACUGGAGAGGGGCCAUCUGCAGCGGCCGCUACGCACAGAUGUACAUUCAGGCCUACAAGACUAGUAACCUACGGAUGAAGAUCAUCAAGAACGAGUUCCCCAGCCGUCCCCUGUACUUGGAGGGGGCCCUGACCCGGAGCACGCACUACCAGCAGUACCAGCCGGUUGUCACGCUGCAGAAGGGCUACACCGUGCACUGGGACCAGACAGCCCCCGCCGAGCUCAUCAUCUGGCUCAUCAACUUCAACAAGGGCGACUGGAUCCGAGUGGGGCUCUGCUACCCCCGAGGCACCACUUUUUCCAUCCUGUCGGAUGUGCACAACCGCUUGCUGAAGCAGACGGCCAAGACGGGCACCUUCGUGCGGACCUCACAGAUGGACAAGGUGGACCAGAGCUUUCCGGGCAGAAGCCAUUACUACUGGGACGAGGACUCAGGGCUGUUGUUCCUGAAGCUGAAAGCGCACAACGAGAGAGAGAGGUUUGCCUUCUGCUCCAUGCGAGGCUGCGAGAGAAUCAAGAUUAAGGCUCUGAUGCCCAGGAAUGCGGGCGUCAGCGACUGCACGGCCAGCGCCUACCCCAGGUUCGCCGAGAGGGCUGUCGUGGAUGUGCCCAUGCCUAGGAAGCUCCCCGGCUCUCCGCUGAAGACAAAGGACCGCUUCUUGGAGGUGAAGAUGGAAAGUUCCGGGCGGCGCUUCCUCCACCUCAUGAGCGACUUCGCGUACAUUGAAGUGGAUGGGAUGAAGCAUCCCAGUGCACAGGACGGCCUCCAGGUGGUGGUGAUCGACGGCAGUCGGGGCCACGUGCUGAGCGAGGCGAGCUUCCAGAACGCCAUUCUGCAGGGCAUCCCAUGGCAGCUGUCUGAGCACAUCGCGGCCAUCCCCGACAACUCCAUAGUGCUCAUGGUGUCCAAGGGAAGAUAUACCUCCAGGGGCCCCUGGACCAGAGUGCUGGAAAACCUCGGGGCACACAAGAGCCUCAAGUUGAAAGAGAAGAUGGCAUUCGUUGGCUUCAAAGGGAGCUUCCGGCCCACCUGGGUGACUCUGGACACGGACGACUACAAGGCCAAGAUCUUCCAAGUGGUGCCGAUCCCCGUGGUGAGGAAGAAGCAGCUGUGAGGAGGCCUGCUCGCGGUGCCGCCGCCCUGUGCGGUGACGGCAGACCCCAGUGG